UGGACCGACCCCAGCAUUCUUCUUUUGGGGAUCUGGUGUUUUUCACAAUCCGAGGAAUGUAACCCCCCGAGCCCCUUUCCCCAUCGUUCUCGGGUGCGCACAGCUUUGGAAAGUGAAGACUUUUUGAAAGUUUUCCCACGAUGAAGUGGGGCAACAUGAGAGGAGUUUGGCUUACGGGGCCAGCAACUUACGGCGGCGUGCAGUGGGAGUGUAGUCGAGUGUGACAGGCAGACUCGGGUUGUAAGUUCAAAGAGCGAGACUGUCAUUGUUUCCACGGAGCGUUCUGGAAGAUUUACAACUAAAACUUGCCGUCAGCCUACAGGGGGGGGGGGGGGAACAACCCCGAAAGGUCGAAGACUAUGAAAUCCCUUUUGAAGUUUACUUUGGAGUCCUCGUCUCGGAGGUCCCCCGAGUGGCCCCUUGCGGACGGGAUAGGGUUCUCGGUUGUGAUUUAUGUGGAGUGGCUCAAAACAAGUUAAUCGCCCGGGGACCUGGCGAGGCGCAGUUGCGCAUGCCCAGGAGCGCCCGGACUGGAACCCGCAUUCUUCCAGAGCCCGGCGGCAGCUCUGCGCUGAGGGUCUGGUGGGGGAUCUGGUGGGAGACCCCGAAACACGCAGGGCCUUCCCAGGCCGCCCCACGCCCACCAGUAGCCUCAGUGGAAGUGAAAUGAGGCGUGAACUCCCAGGUCCCUUGGAGGGAGGCCUCCUGGUUGACGCUUCUGCGAGGGACCCCCUGGAAACCUGGGCGCUUCUCAAGUUGGGGACAUUUAACUUGGUUCCGGAAAUGCGUGGGGCAUUACGCAAAGCCUUGUGGCCCUGGUAGCACCGAGAUCUGGUCCCGUGCAAGGACGCUUUCUAUGUUCCCGGGAGCUCAGGGCGCAAGUGAGGGGCUGUGUUCGCGGAGUGGUGGUGGGGCACAAGAUGCAAAGCUGGGUGCUGGGCGGGGGGCGGGGUGGAGAAGGCUCCAUUGUCCCAGCUGCAGUGGGGUCGGCUCUCAGCCCCCGCAGCCUGCACCCUCCUUCUUCGCUCCACUGGGCCCCGCCCCCUAACGCCCCCUCCCCCCUCUAUCCCUGUUCCCCUCCCCUCGCCGAGGAUUCAGGCUGGGACUGCGGGCGCCAGGGAAAAGUGGGGGUCCCCGAUCCUGCUUUGCACCGACUCCUGGAAAACGAUGGAAGGUGACGAAUUGGAGGGUGUGGUCAUGGUAUCCGCAAGUGAGACCGAGGAUGAGGACAGCAUGGACAGUCCCCUAGACCUUUCAUCAUCCGCCAGCUCCAGCAAGAGGAGGAGAAGGGGCAACCUGCCCAAGGAGUCUGUGCAGAUCUUGCGGGACUGGCUGUUUGAGCACCGGUACAACGCCUACCCUUCAGAGCAGGAGAAGGCGCUGCUGUCCCAGCAGACGCACCUGUCCACGCUGCAGGUCUGCAACUGGUUCAUCAACGCCCGCCGCAGGCUGCUCCCAGACAUGCUGAGAAAGGAUGGGAAGGAUCCCAAUCAGUUCACCAUUUCCCGCCGUGGGGCCAAGAUUUCUGAGGCCAGCGCUGUGGAGGCUGCGAUGGGCAUCAGAAACUUCAUGCCAGCCCUGGAGGACAGCCCAGUGCAUUCCUGCACAGCUGGACCUAACCCGCCCCUGGGCCGCCCACUGUCUCCCAAGCCAGCAUCCCCAGGGCCCGCACUGCCUCGCCCCUCCGUGAUCUGCCACACCACGGUGACUGCCUUGAAAGAUGUGUCUUUCUCCCUGUGCCAGCCGGUUGGGGUGGGAGCCAGCGUAGACCCGGAGCAGAUAGCAGCUGGCGGCCUCACGGAGACCUGCCUGAGCUUCCCGGAGGACAUGUGUAAAUCAGGGUCUGGUGCAAACGCACAGAGCGGCCUCUUCAAUACCCCCCCACCCACUCCCCCGGACCUCAACCAGGAUUUUAGUGGAUUUCAGCUGCUUGUGGAUGUUGCCCUCAAGCGGGCUGCGGAGAUGGAGCUGCAGGCAAAGCUCACAGCGUGACCCGCUAUGGGUGCCCGGGCUGAUGGCAAGCAAUGAAUGAAUUGCAUUAUUUUUUAUAUAUAUAUAUUUUUUAUCAAUAUUUGCACAAAGGAUUGCUAGAACGAAGCUUCCUGUUACUGACAUGUCCAUGGAAUACAGUCAUUCCGAGAACUAGAAACUCAAAGCUACUGUAGAAACAAAGGGUUUUCCUUUUUUUUUUUUUUAAAUGUUUCUUGGUAGAUUGUUCAUAAUGUGAGAUGGUUCCCAGCAUCAUGUGAUUUUUUUUUUUCCCCUCCCCUUCCCCCCUUUUUUGGUUAUUUUUUGUUUUGUUUCGUUUUUUUUCCUCCAGACUGUGCAAUACUUAGAGAAUGCAGCCCCUCCCCUUCCUGUGUGGAGCGGGAUGUCCACAGACUAAUUAAUAAAUGUUCAGUUUUUUUUUCAAACCAGUAUGAAUCUAGUUGAUUGAUACCUUUUUUUUCACGAUAUAAUAAAGUAUUUUCUUUAAAAGUUA